GUCAAGCUCACACCUGUCGUCCACACACUGGGAGUCAUGAAGCUGGCUGUGCUCCUGUUCUGUGUCCUGCUGCUCUCUGUCUCUGUCCUGUCCCAGGAGGAUGUGACUACGACUCAGUUUGCAGACAGUGAUGAGGUGCUGAUAUCUGGAGAACAAGAAUCUGUGGCUAAACCCGGAGAGCCUGAAUGUGAAAAGUAUGGAGGAGUCUGCACCAGGGAGUAUGAUCCAGUAUGUGGCAGUGAUGGAAUUACCUACAGUACGGAGUGUACUCUCUGCAGGCAGAACAGAGAAAAGAAGAACAAUGUGAGAGUGGCAUCCAAGGGGGAGUGUUAACUGACUGGCGGACAGUGACACACAAUUGCCAGGUCUUGAUCUUCUCAAUAAAGUUUCAGACUGCA